AUGCAUCCUUCCGUAUUUGAGCGCGUCCGGGAUAAAAUGAAAGAACACAAUUUAUCCGACGAAGAGUUUACAGUUCUCAUGAAAGCUAAAGAGAAAAUGAAUACGCAUAUGAAAAUGGGUGCAUUGGCUGGAUUGAUUGCUGGUGGUAUUUUUGCCAGGUCGUUAAAAUUUAGAAGCAUUGGAGCAAUUGCUCUUUGCGCCGGCGCUUCCUUCACCGGUAGCCAAAUGGGAAUUAUCUCUGGCGGGAUAGCCGGCAUAAGGAUGUUGCAAACCAUCCCACCAGCGGAACGAAAUCAAAAAUCCAGAGAUUUGGAAAGUGCCGAUGGAAUGUCGUCGGACUACGAGAUGGUCAAAGAUAAUAGCAGUUAUGAAUACGAUCAUCAAUAUCAAUCACAAUACGAAGAAAAUAUGGGUGAUGAGAAAAAAUUCCCAUUAUCCGCAUGGGAUAAAGUUCGCGAAAGGGCUAAACUUGAGAGGAAACAAAAACAACAAAAGAACACAGGUGACAACUUAUACACCAGUGAAUCAAAUCAAGGUGCAGGUAGACAAGACAAAAGAGUUGACUAUGACGACUCCACCGAUGAUGCGACUUUUAAUUUCCCGAGAACGCGAGAAGACCUUGAAGAAAUUAGCCGCAGUGGAAAAAUUAGAACGAACCAAUUCGGGGAUGUUGAAAUUCGUCAUGAAUGA